UUUAGUCAACAUGUCGCAACAGAAGCCAAAAAAACCGAGCGGCAACCGAUGGCACCUCCAGCAGCGGCACAGGAGCCGACUGGCCGCCUUCUUUGGGGAGCUGGUGGGCACCGCCAUGUUCGUGCUCAUCGCCUGCAUGGGCUGCGUGCAGACGCCACUCUUCCUCAACACACACUUCCAGAGCGGCCUCACCUUCGGCCUGGCCAUACUCAUUGCCAUCCAGUGCUACGGCUCGGUGUCGGGGGCACACCUCAAUCCAGCCAUCACUUUGGCCGCCGCGCUCUACGGCGUGCUCCACUGGGGCAUGGCCAUUGCCUAUUUUGUGGCCCAAGUGGCGGGCGCUCUCAUUGGCUAUGGUCUGCUGGUCGCCGUGCUACCCCACAACGCCAUCAAGGGCGUGGACAACCCCGCGGGUGUGUGUGUCACAGUCCUCGCCAGCGACAUCUCCGUGCUGCAGGGUGUGUUCAUUGAGUUUCUCAUCACCUGUUGCCUGGUGAUGGUUGCCUGCUCGGUGUGGGAUCCACGCAACACCACGCUCAAGGACUCGGUGCCCGUGCGCUUCGGUCUGACAGUUUCGUGUCUCAUCAUUACAGCGGGCCUCUUCACUGGCGCCAGCAUGAACCCCACCAGGUCGCUGGGUCCUGCUGUGUGGAACGACUCGUGGGCGCAUCAUUGGAUCUAUUGGGUGGGUCCGCUCGUGGCAGGCGCUGUCACCUCGCUCAUCUAUCGUUUCGCCUUCAAAGGUGACGAUGUGGUGAUGGAGCUGCCCAGUUCCACUGCCAAUAUUCGCGUCAUUGAGGAGGUCGUACUGCCCUAGGUUGUGGCUUGUUACUUAGCCUUCUGGGCACUAGUUUUAGUUGAAGUUUUAGUUCAACUUUUAGUCUUAAGUGUUGCCAAUAAAGGGAAUACAACGA